UCAUCUGACCAGGAACUGUGAAGUGGGGGGGGUUUGUUUACAACAUUUCGCCUCCUAGUUGUCAUCUUUGAUAUGUGAUAUUCUCGAUUACUUCUCUGCCUGAGCAUGGAUGGGAAGCACGAGGGAAAGCAGGGUGUGCUGGACACCAGGAGUGAAGCAAGCUGUCCUAUUGAUUCCAGAAUAGACAGGGGAGUGGAAUUGGGCCAAUAGCAGGUGAUACACGAGUAAGAUUUGAUAUGGUGAGGAGAAGAGCCUAAGGAAUAAGAUAUUUUCAUUUAGACUGAAGAAGCUGGCUGUAUGAAAAGGUAUUUGAGAUUACAAAUGGUGUGGUUGUUUAUCAUGAAUCGAAUGAGCUCGCAGAGCAGUUCUCCCCAGAGACGGCGUAUGAUCCUUGGAAUUAUUAUUCUGUUGAUUGUCGAUAUCAUCUGGGUUGUAUCAUCUGAGCUUACCUCAUAUAUAUUUAAAAAGUAUGAGAAACCCUUCUUCAGUACAUUUGCCAAAACAUCUAUGUUUGUGCUUUACCUCAUUGGAUUCCUUGUUUGGAAGCCCUGGCGGGAGCAGUGUACUAAUGGAAGACAUGUUGCAUUGUUUGCAGAUGCUGAAAACUAUCUUGCAACUUGUACUACAGACAGUAGUGUAAAUGAUUCCUUGAGUGAACCACUUUAUAUCCCAGUGAAAUUUCAUGAUUCAGCCAAUGAAAAAGCCAAUAAUGACAACACCACAGCUUUAAAAAAACCACGUGUUAGAUUCAGUAACAUUAUGGAGGUGCGGCAACUUCCUGCCCACCACGCAUUUGAAGCAAAACUCUCUCGGAUGUCCUAUCCAGCAGCAAAGGACCAUGAAGCUGUGCUGAAGUCUGUUGGCAAGUUAACAGUAUCACAAGUAGCAAAAAUCAGCUUUUUCUUCUGCUUUGUGUGGUUUCUAGCAAACUUUUCCUAUCAGGAGGCACUUUCUGAUACUCAGGUGGCUAUUGUUAACAUUUUGUCCUCAACCUCUGGUCUCUUCACUCUACUUCUAGCUGCAAUGUUUCCUAGCAACAGUGGAGAUAGAUUUACACUAUCCAAAUUAUUAGCAGUAAUUUUAAGCAUUGGAGGUGUUACCCUUGUAAGUCUGUCGAGUAAUGAUACAGAGGGCAAAGGAACAAUAGGUUCAUUAUGGUCAUUAACCGGAGCAGUGUUGUACGCCAUCUACAUAGUCAUGAUUAAAAGAAAAGUUGAUCGAGAAGACAAGCUUGACAUACCCAUGUUUUUUGGAUUUGUGGGAUUAUUUAAUCUCCUACUGCUAUGGCCUGGGUUUUUCUUACUUCACUAUACAGGAUUUGAGGCUUUUGAAUUUCCAACCAAAACUGUAUGGAUGUACAUCCUUAUUAAUGGACUUAUAGGAACAGUGCUGUCUGAAUUUCUCUGGCUGUGGGGCUGUUUUCUCACAUCAUCACUGAUUGGUACACUCGCAUUAAGCCUCACAAUACCUCUUUCCAUGAUAGCAGACAUUUAUAUGAAAAAGGUGGAGUUUUCAUGGUUAUUAUUUGCAGGAUCAGUUCCAGUCUUUCUCUCUUUCUUCAUUGCAACUCUUUUAUGUCACUAUAAUAACUGGGAUCCAGUAAUGCUUGGCCUUAGGCGGAUAUUUGCAUUUAUAUGCAGGAAACAUCGCAUUCAGAGAACUCCAGAGGACAGUGAGCAGUGUGAAAGCCUCAUUCCUAUGCAUGGUGUUUCUCAGGAGGAAGGAACUAAUUGUUGUUCAUGAAGCACAGGCCAACAAUGAAUCCAUAGAGUACUUUUGCGCUCAGACAAUCUCCUGAAGUUCUGAUGAACCCUUAUUCUUUCAGUGCCUGUUCAAGUGUCUUUUCCACAAAGUUUCAAUUCUCUGAAGAAGCUGCACACAUUUAUAAAUGCUGUAUGUUGGGAACAUCUGUGGAUUACAAAAAAAAUUCUACUUCCAUAUCACUAAAGAUUAUGAGAAAAACUCAACUUUCAAUACAACCUAUCUGCCUUACUGAAUGAAUCGAACCUUCAACACAACUUGAAAAUUUAACACUAUUUUAUGAAUAUGAGGAUAAACUGUUUCUGGAUCAUAGUUCUGUCUGUAGGUUUUUGGAACACACUAGCCAACAUUGAGACUGAAGAGGUGUAUCUAAAGUACAAUAUGUUAAAUCAGUAAUACUGUAUUGACUCAUCUAAGGAAAAAAAAGGAAAAUUAUUUUGAAUGAAUACCAAUCCAAUUUUAGUAUUGUGUAUACAUCAUAUUAAUCUAACCAGGAGAAAAAAAAUCAAAUGAAUGUUCACAAAAGCAAAUGGAACUUGCAGCUUUGAAACACAGUUCAAAGGACAAUGUUGCUGAGGUAUUUUGAAUUGCCUGGUUAAACAGUGGAUACACUACAUAGUGUGUAUUUUCUUUAAAGACUGAUUCAGAUUUCAGUAUUCUUAGUACUAUAUGUUUCAAAGUGAAUAUAUCCCUGAUCUCUAUAAAACCUCUGUUAAGUUGAAUUGGAAUAAGUAAGAUUUUUCUAUACAUGUUUAAUUCCAAGAAUUUGUGGUUUCAAAACAUGUACAGAAACCACAAUUUUAUUGUUAUUGAGAAGUUGUAGUUUCUGCAAUCUUGUACCAGUCAUAUACAUUUCAAUAAUGUAUUUGUAUUAAGGUGCUUCUACAGUUAUGUACACCAUUCGUGUCUGUGAUUCUCAGGAACCCAGUACAGUCAAGUAAGCAGUCCCAUUUUUCUACUUGAUCAUGUAAAUUUACUAAUGUACUGAGAGGCUGUUUUUUUUUAAAAAUCCGUCAGUCCUUCACUUUUGGUUGGAGUGUUGUACUUAAUUAUUCAAAGAUCAGGUUUUUAUUGCUUGCUCUAAAAAGGAAAUCGGGCAAACAACGAUAUAUUGUAUUUCAGCCAAAAUUUUCAGUACUAAUUUGUAUACUAAGUAGAACAGGUUUGUGGAAAUAUGGUUUUAGUUCAGUGUGGGUUAAAUACUAUUUUACUGAUCGAAGUUCUAGUGACUACAGCCACUUACCAAAUAGCAUUAAAUUAUGGUUUGAAUUUGAUCCCUUCUAGUCGCCCAGUGCAAAAUACCUUGUAUAAUUCUGAUAGUAAGGUAUUUAUGUUUGUAUGUAGGCAAAACUAGUGCAUUGUACUAGUUAGUUUACUGUAAAUUCUAGUGUAAUAUAAAUAUUUGUUGUGAAAUGUUUUCAAUUCGUGAACAUGGAUGUUAUUUAUUGUACAGAUCUUAUUAGUAAAGAGAUGCACAUAAA